CUCCUCUCUCGCAGUCUCAAAACCAAACCCUAACCCUACACACCUGCAACCCACAGCAAUGGCCGCCGCCGCUCGUCCUCUCGUCUCCGUCCAGCCACUUGAAUCCGACAUGGCCACCGACGGAGCCACCCUCCCCCUCCCUCACGUCAUGAAAGCCUCCAUCCGUCCCGACAUCGUCAACUUCGUUCACGCGAACAUUUCGAAGAAUGCUCGCCAACCCUACGCCGUCAGCCGUAAAGCCGGACACCAGACCUCAGCCGAGUCAUGGGGAACCGGACGUGCUGUGUCUCGUAUUCCUCGUGUUCCUGGUGGCGGUACUCACCGUGCAGGUCAAGGUGCGUUCGGAAACAUGUGCCGUGGUGGACGCAUGUUCGCACCGACUCGGAUCUGGCGCAGGUGGCACAGAAAAAUCAACGUGAACCAGAAACGAUACGCCGUCGUUUCGGCGAUCGCUGCUUCCGCCGUUCCGUCGCUUGUGAUGGCCCGUGGACACCGGAUCGAGACUGUUCCGGAGCUUCCGUUGGUGGUAAGUGAUACCGUUGAAGGUGUCGAGAAGACGAAGAGUGCGAUCAACGUGUUGAAGCAGAUUGGAGCUUAUUCUGAUGCUGAAAAAGCGAAGGACUCAUCUGGAAUUCGUCCUGGAAAGGGUAAGAUGAGGAACAGAAGGUAUAUUAACCGAAAAGGACCGUUGAUUGUGUACGGAACUGAAGGUGCUAAGUUAGUUAAGGCUUUUAGGAACAUUCCUGGAGUUGAGAUUUGCAAUGUUGAGAGGUUGAAUUUGCUGAAAUUGGCUCCUGGAGGUCAUCUUGGAAGGUUUGUGAUCUGGACGAAAUCGGCGUUUGAGAAGUUGGAUUCGAUUUAUGGAUCGUUUGAGAAUAAGAGUGAGAAGAAGAAGGGGUAUGUGUUGCCCAGGGCUAAGAUGGUGAAUGCCGAUUUGGCUAGGAUUAUCAAUUCGGACGAGGUGCAGUCGGUUGUGAGGCCGAUUAAGAAGGAGGUGAAGAGGGCUCCGAUGAAGAAGAAUCCUUUGAAGAAUUUGAACACUAUGCUGAGGUUGAAUCCGUAUGCUAAGGCUGCUAAGAGGAUGUCUUUGCUUGCUGAGGAGCAGAGGAAGAAGAGCAAGCAGGAGAAGCUUGACAAGAAGAGGCAGCCAAUCUCCAAGGAGGAGGCUGCAAAGAUCAAGACUGCUAGCAAGGCAUGGUACAAGACUAUGAUUUCAGACAGUGACUAUGCCGAAUUCGAUGUCUUCACCAAGUGGCUUGGAGUUUCACAGUGAUUUCUCUACUUUUAAUGUGUUGCUUUUGUCUGUUAGGUUUUCUUAAAACAAUAGAAGUUCAUACCAAGUAUCCUAUGUUUGAUCUUUCUUCAAGACAUAAAUUUCUAUCUGUGUUUUGUUGCUGGUCUUUUCUGGCAUUGAGUUUUGUUAAGAUUGAGCUUUCAGUUAAAAACAUUUGCAUAUUUUUGUGUUA